AUGAACCGGAACAACAUCCAGAUGCAAAUUGUGAGCAACGCCAAUCUCGACCAGGAGAACGUCACAGCAGCGCACAUAAGCAACGACGCUGUCCACCAGGCUUUCACGUCGGCACAUCCUGGUCGUUUCGCGGCAUUCUGCGCACUCGCAAUGGACAGCCUGGACGAUGCUGCUCAAGAGCUGGAGCGCUGUGUGACAGAACUCGGCUUCGUUGGAGGACUUGCAAAUGCAAAUCUCCCAAAUGGGACAUUUUUCGAUUCUCCCUCCUACUGGCCGGUCUUCGCUGCUGCUGAGAGGCUGAACGUGCCUUUCUAUCUCCAUCCAGGCUUUCCUCCUACUUCACACAUCUUGCAGACUGGUGGAGCAUUUGCGCCUGCGAUCGGACCGGAUGGCAACAAGACCUUCAACGACUACGUUGCCGUGACUCUCGCCUCCGACUCGUGGGGCUUCGAAGCUAGCGCUGGUCUUGCAUUCUUGCGACUCUAUGCCGCUGGCUUAUUCGAUGAAUACCCAAAUCUGAAGAUUGUCCUUGGACACGUAGGGGAGAUGGUCCCAUACAUCUUGAGCCGGUCCGACGAGUUCUUGAGUCCUUUGACAGCCCCUAGGAAAAGCCUGGCACAGGUAUGGACGGAGAAUGUAUGGAUCACAACGAGUGGAUGUUUCUCCUUGGAUCCCAUACCCACAUUGCUUUCGAACACGGCGGCGGAGAGGAUUAUGUAUUCCGUCGAUACCCCUUUCAACAAGAAUUAUCAAGACAGUCUUUUCAUGGAGAGGUUGCGUAACUCGGGGCUUGUCACGCCUACUGAGUUCGAGCUCAUAGCUUAUGGUAAUGCUCAGAGGCUGUUUGGGCUGAAGUAG